AUGUUCGCGGAGGAGGAGUGGAACGACGAGGCGGAGGGCCCCGCCCGGGCCCGGGCUCGGCCGGGGCCCCGCGGCGCCCCCGAGGGCCCGGGCCGGCCGGCCCCUGCGGCAGCGGCGGGGAAGCGGCGCCGGCGGCUGCCGGGGGACUGCGCGGCCGAGCCCGGCCGGGACGGCGAGCCCGCGCGGAAGCGGCCCGGGGAGCGGAGGCAGGCCGCCAGGCGUCGGGCUGCGGCGGAGGGGCACCCGGCCGGCUCCGGGGAGCUCCAGGCGGAGCGGGAGCCGCAGCAGAGCGGGCAGCGCCUGGACAGAGACGUGUCGGCUGAGCUGCCGGGGGAGCGGCCCCGGCCGAGCGCGGAGCCCGGGGCGCUGGGGACGGGGGCUGCGGCCGGGGAGCCGGCGCGGAGGGUGAGCAGGAGGCAGCGCAGAAACGAGCAGAAGAAUAAGCGGCGCCAGAAGAAGGAGCUCCAGGCGGGGCCUGGAGGGGAGCAGGACGCGGGCGGGCAGGCGGGCGUGGGACCGGGCGCCCCGGAGCUGCCCAGCCUGGAAGCGGCUCCCUCGGACCGGUCGGCGGCCCUGCGCGCGCGGAUGGAGGAGCGGCUCCUGGCCGCCCGGUUCCGGUACAUCAACCAGCAGCUCUACACGUCCACCAGCUGGGAAGCGGCAGAGCUCUUCCAGAGCGACCCUGAAGCGUUCGAGAUCUACCACCGCGGCUUCGCUCAGCAAGUGGGGCGCUGGCCGGAGAACCCCGUGCAUCGCAUCAUCCGCUACCUGCGGCGGCGGCCAGCCUCGCUGGUGGUGGCGGAUUUUGGGUGCGGUGACUGCAAGAUUGCGAGCAGCAUCAGGAACAAGGUUCACUCCUUUGACCUGGUCCCUCUCAGCCCACGGGUCACCGUCUGCGACAUGGCCAAGGUGCCUUUGGCGGCCGAGUCGGUGGACGUUGCGGUGUUCUGCCUGGCGCUGAUGGGCACCAACCUGCAGGAGAUCCUGGAAGAGGCCAACCGCGUGCUGAAGCAGGGGGGGACCCUGAUGGUGGCUGAGGUGGCCAGCCGCUUCGAGGACAUCCGAGCCUUCGUGAACGCUAUGGCUCAGCUGGGCUUCAAAAGCAUCUCCAAGGACCUCUCCAGCGCCUUCUUCCACCUGCUCGAGUUCGCCAAGACCGGGCCCCUCGCCGCCGCCCCGCCCGGCCUGCGCCUGCGGCCCUGCCUCUACAAGCGCCGCUGA